AUGCUUUCUACCGAUCCUGGCGCAUAUUCGACAUUUCAAUCCGCAUCUCAGGACUGUGCCUCAGAUGAAUCUACAGAACGGCACGAAGAACCAGAGGACAUUCUAUCAGCCUCUCUGGGAGUCAUCUACAACUACACUCCGAUAACCCAUGCUGAAGCAGGCUCGACGUUUUCGUAUACAUACCCUGGGCCAAGGGUACAUGUAAAUGACGAUGAGCAAAGUUCAUAUGUAAAAGAAGACAGAUAUCGUCGACUCGAUCGUCUGUCUGAUCCGAUUAAACUGACCUUACGAACACCCGAUACACAGGCGCGUAAUUGGGAACUGCAUGCAUCGAAUAUUUGGGCAGCAUCUGUAUUCCUUGCGGACCAUGUAGAAGAAAUAAAUCUAGAGGGCUUCAUGCAUGUUUCAGGAGGCCGAGAAGAUUGUACGAAGACUUGCCAAAGCCUUGACAUACUGGAGUUAGGAGCCGGUGCUGGACUGCCGGGUUUGCUCAUAGCGAAGUACUUGGAGAGAGACUGGACUGUUGCUCUGAGCGAUUAUCCGGACGAUAUACUUAUUGGCACUUUGCGUGCAAAUGUCCAACGUAAUGGAUUCGACGGGCCGAUACAUCCAGAAAAUACGACGUCAGGUCGAAACCGUGUACACGUAGUUCCUUAUGCAUGGGGAGAGGAUAUCUCGACCCUUCGUCCUCCUCACAAUGGAAGCGCCGGACCAGAAGGAUUUGACUUGAUUAUCGCGGCCGACACGCUCUGGAACGCAUCACUACAUGAAGCCUUCGCACAGACCCUGUAUUCAGCUCUUCGGCGUACAGUCGAGGCACGCAUACACCUUGUUGCUGGGCUGCACACUGGUCGAUAUACUCUAGCUGGCUUUAUUCGAACGGUGCAAUCAAUUAAUCCUCUGGAGGAGAAUGGCGCAAAAGGAGACAGUAUGCAGACCAGACCGAGGCUAGGAGUCGUAAAUAUCAGUGAACGAGAAGUCAAUGGAAGCGGGGUACGAGAAUGGGAAGAGGGAAGACAGUUUGAGGAUGACUCGGAGAGACGACGUUGGGUAGUAUGGAUAGUGCUCGGUUGGGUGAAUUUAUAA